AUGGAGCCGGCCCCGCGCCGCCGCCCCGCCGGGCGGCCCGGCUGCCCGCGGCGGUGGCGCCGGCGGCUGCGCGGGCGGCGGUGGGCGCUGGCGGCCGGGCUGCUGGGCGCCGCCGCCGCCCUCGCCCUCUACGCCUGCCUGCCGGAGCCGGAGCCGGAGCCGGGGGCGCCGGGCGGCGAGGUGAACGUGCUGCUGUGGUGGGAGCCCUUCGGGCGGCCGCGGCGCAUGGCCGACUGCCGGCGGCGCUACAACAUCACGGGCUGCCGCCUCAGCGCCGACCGCAGCCGCUACGGCGAGGCGCAGGCCGUCCUCUUCCACCACCGCGACCUGGCGCUGCACGGCGCCCAGGGGCUGCCCCGCGGGCCCCCGCCGCGGCCGCCGCGGCAGCUCUGGGUGUGGAUGAACUUCGAGUCGCCCUCGCACUCGCCCGGCCUGCGGGGGCUGGCCGGCCUCUUCAACUGGACCAUGUCCUACCGGCGGGACUCGGACGUCUUCGUGCCCUACGGGCACCUCUACGCCCCGCCGGCGCCCCGGCCCUUCGUCCUGCCCCGCAAGACGCGGCUGGUGGCCUGGGUGGUCAGCAACUGGAACGAGGAGCACGCCCGGGUGCGCUACUACCGCCAGCUGCAGGAGCACCUGGCCGUCGACGUGUACGGGGCGCGGGGGCUGGCGCUGGCCGAGGGCGGCGUGGUGGAGACCGUCUCGGCCUACAAGUUCUACCUGGCCUUCGAGAACUCCCAGCACACCGACUACAUCACGGAGAAGCUCUGGAGAAACGCCUUCGCCGCCGGCGCCGUGCCCGUCGUCCUCGGGCCCCGCAGGGCCAACUACGAGCGCUUCAUCCCCCCCGACUCCUUCAUCCACGUCGACGACUUCCCCAGCCCCCGGCUGCUGGCCGCCUACCUGAAGUUCCUCGAUAAAAACAAACCCAGCUACAGGAGGUAUUUCGCCUGGAGGAAGAAGUACGAAGUCCACGUCGCCUCGUUCUGGGACGAGCACUUCUGCAAGGUUUGCGAGGCCGUGAGGGCGGCCGGCAACCAAAUCAAGACCGUACGAAACCUGGCCGGCUGGUUUGAAAGCUGAUGUUCCUGGCGGCGAGGCUCGCCUGGCCGGCCUGUGCCGGCGGUGGGCCGCGUCGAGGCGUGGGGAGGGAUGGGUCUCGCGGAGGCCGUCGGCCGAGGUGGUGUACGCGGAGGGCUGUCGUCAGCGAGAGAGGCGUACGGGUACAGGUGAACAAGCUGUGAGAAGCCUACAAAAAGGAAGAUUUUUGUUAGAGUGCAGAAUUACGAAAGCACAAAGAACCAUCAGGCGAGAUGAUUCUUAAAGAGCAAAGUUAAAUUUCCGGAAGUCGUACAGAUCUGAAGCCGUUGCAGUUGUGCACGGCUCGACAUAAAUAACCGAUGCCAAGUUCUUCAGCCGUACAGCUGAAACCAAUUUUCUCAGCUCUGACAGCUUCCUGGACCACGCAACUUUCUUCUGCUUACAGGGGAUACAUGAUCAGCGCUGGCUUUCUGUACUCUGAAGGCAAAAGUGAAUAUUUUUAAGCAGUGAUUAUUAUGUGCCUGAAAGCUAUUUGCAGGCAAAUUCUGAGCCGCAAGUGUUGAACGUAAGAAUGUAAUGAUACAGUAGCACUUUUUAGCAGUGUUUGAAAUUGCAGCAGCCAACUAAUAAUGCUUUGAGCCACAUAAUAAUUCCAUUUAGGAAAAAGUGUGCGGAGGGGUCUGGAUCCAAGUGGAACAGACAGCUCAGAUGAUGUAGAGUAUUUCUUCCGCUGCCUACCGAAACCAUAGGCACAUUUACCCGGUAUGAAAGUGGAGGAGAACUUUACGUACAGGGAAAGACAGACUGUAGGAAAAAAGUGGGAACAUUUCCACUCUCCCUUUAUUCAGGAUUUAGAAAAUGUUUACAGGAAUCUGCAUGUUUUUCUCUGCAAAAUUACUGCCAUAUAGGAAAAAGCAGAGAAAGGCUCAGAGCUACAGGGUUUUUAUUGCUAUAUUGAAUAUGUAUACGGAGAGGCUAACUUAUUUCUCUAGUAUCUUUAGGCAGUCCUGUUGUGUAGCGAUUGUUUUGGUUUAUGGCACGCAUUUUUAAAAAUUCUGCCGAGUGACAGGCUACUCAGAAUGCCGCUUUGCUGUUUGUAAAAUAAUAAUUACCAAAAAAAGACCACCCCAAAACUCGAGUCCCGAAUCACUGCCUUUUCAAAAAGAAAAUUACUGUAGAGAAUAAGAUCUAGACUGUUGGUAAAAUACAGAUUGUGCGAGGAAACAAUAUGAAAAGGGAAAGAUUUACUAUUUUUUUUCCUUUGGUUUUGAGGGUUUUUUUCCAGCUCGGUUUUUUAAUCAAUAAAUAGGUUCCUAAGAUAAAACUUCCUUUUCUCAGUGCCUGCCAGGAACAUUGACGUUAGUUACUCCCUUUCAGACUCUGCCAUUUUGCUGGAGUCUUCCUUGUAGUCAGUGUACAGUUACUUUUUGGUUAGGUGUAAUCUUGCUUGGUGAAAUCCAGAAAAAAACUUCAAUUGCAAUUACACAUCCUCAGGAAGCUGAGCCCUUCCUGCCCUUUGCAACUAUAAGUUUUGGUGGCAAAAAAUGGUAAUUCAGAAAAGCCCUGCACAAAUGAUUAAGACAUUCGUCCAGCUCCUAUUUAAGGAGCUGGAUAAUGCAUGGAGUUAUCCAGAGGCUUUGCUCAGAAUAAAAUCAUGGGCACAGAACAGGUGGAGAAAGAAUAAAGUCAGUUGCAAGUAAAAGAUGGGCACAGAACAGGUGAGUUUACUGGCAUUUGUGAGUCAUAUUUAGGUUAGAAAAGGAUUAGGUUUGACUUAAGCAGUAAGAGAUGUCGGGUAGGUGCUUUUAAGAUUUAUGAGCUGGCAGCCUACUCUGAUUUAUUUUAAAUUAGAUGUUCCCCGUGAUUAGAUAAGCAUGGAACCAAGGAUUAUUGAAAAAAAUCUAAUAAUAAUGAAGUUCAUGAAUAAUUUGCACAGGUUUACUAGAUUGGAUGUUGCUGGCUCCUACGUUUAUUCCCUUUUGCUUUUGUGCAAGGAAGGAUGGCUGAAAGUACUUCAUGAACCUUUCUGUUGUUAAUGCCAGAGUUGCUGUGGAAGUUUUAUUGGGAAAGGAGAGAAGACAGUCAACAAAAUGUGAAGUGUAGUAGGGAUGGUCCCUAACGCUGGAUUUUCACUUCAACAGAGGUCUUAAGUGAUUGUUUAAAGCAAAAGCGUGUUCUUCAUGGCAUGCUCAUUCUUUUCUCUACCAGUGGUUACCACUCCCAUAAAAUUGGUUUUGAUAAUUUAAAAAAUCUAAUUUAAAUAUAGCAUUAACAAUAAUAGCUAGGUGUCAGGAUGAUAGAAUCUGUCUCCCUUUGAAUUAUUCUUUUUUUCUGUUCAGUUUUUAUCACAGCUCAUGUAAAUGUAUACAAAAACUCAAAAGUGGUGAACUAAUAUUUAAGAUUGCACUACUCUUUAUCAGUCUGCUGAAACUGGUGCAUUUUUUUCAGUCCUCCUAAACUUUUUAGCAUUUUCAGAAAGUUUCCAGGCACACAGUUCUGUGUAAUCAUUAGUAAUGCCACAGGGAGAAGACCAGGCUACAGGAGCAUGGGAAUUUCCAAAGAUUGCAACCGAUACUUUUUUCAGGCUCUCUAAGAAAAGCAGUUGAAAUCUUUGAUGAACUUGGGUUUUGUAAAAUUCAGAAAAGAGCUAUGCAGUAAUUAAAGCAUCAUGUUUGAAUAAGGUGAUCACAAUUGUGCCAUAUGUUGCACACUUUUCCCUUUAGAUUUGGGAGGAAAUUCAGCCCUGGUCUGCAGCUGCUGAAGCCAGUAAUACAACAUCUCUAUAAAUCUACUUUGGUUUUUGGCUCAUCCACUCCACUGACUAACAGUUAGUGUACCGUUAUAAGCUAAGCACUGGCUUUUGUAAUUCACUUUGUAGAGCUCAAGUUCAAUGAUGAAUAAAAAAUUUGCCUGAGCAAAUUGGAUUGUAGAUCAGGUACCAGACUCCACAAGAUAUUGCAGGUGAUGUGUGUAAUCCAUCUGUAAAAAUUAAGCAAAGUUAUUUUCUAUUUUAAGUAGAAAAGUCUUUUUGAAUACAUUUUGAAAAAGUGUUUUAUUCCGUGCCUUAAAAUAUUGGGGUGGAGGGAGAGAAAGGAAGAUAAUUAUUUUUUGGCUUUUAUAAGGAGAAAUAAUAUUACUUUUUGAUUAUGGUGUAAAUGGAAUAUAGAAUUAUGUGAUCCUUUAAGUUAUAUAUUGUAUCUCAGGGAAUUUUAUACUGUAAAGUCUCUUAAUCUUCAUAGAAUGAAAUAACUUUGUAUUAAUUAUUUAGAUUGACACUCAAUAAAAUUAAAGGAAGGAAGCAGCACAAAAUGACCCUA